CCUCAUGUUCAUGAAAUAUAAAAAAAAAAAAUAUAUAUUAACCUUAAGGAUUUGAACCCUGGUACCGCAAAUAGCUCACGUAUGAUAAAUGACUAUUGCUAUUGGCACCACGGCAUUUAUUAACAUGAUUAUUUUGUAAACAUUUACAUAAAAGCAGUUAUGUUUAAAACGAAAAUCACGCGAAAUUUGAAAUAGACCAAUGAGAACGCGGUAUGAAAAAAUACAAGCAAAAAUGUGAUAACACAAUUCUCCGAGCUUACGAUUAAAGAAAUUCUGAUAUUGUAAUGCAGCUGCUGCUGUGAUUGUUUUCUUAUUGACUUGGUACUUGGUUAUUAUUUAUUCUUAUCAUUAUUUUUACUUAUCAAUUUUAGACAAUUUUUAAUGAUAAACAAAUUUGAAUAGGUAAUCCAAUACUCCACUAAAAAAAUUAAACGGCCAAGCUAUGAGUUUAGUGUCGUUGAAUGAAGCGGAAAAAGUAUACAUUAUUCAUGGAGUCGAGGUAAGUUUUUUAAUAAUAUAAUAUAUCAUUACCUAAUAAUAUGUAGCUUUGAUAUAUUUGAAUAAGAAUUUUAUUUUUAAAGGAAAAUUUUCGAUGCGAUGGUCGCAGUCGACAGGAUUACAGACCGUUGGAAUUGGAAAUGGACAUUGUAAGCAAUGCUAAUGGGUCAGCCCGCUUACGAUUGGCAAACUCUGAUAUUUUAGUUUGCGUUAAAGUGGAGAUUGAUUCUCCAUUUCCAGAAACCCCCAAAGACGGCAAGAUAGAAUAUUUUGUUGAUUGGUAAUUAUAAAUAACUUCAUUAAAUUUAUUUUGUUGAAAGUUAAUAGUUUCCACUUUUUUUUAUUUUUGUAGUUCAGCCAAUGCAACUCCAGCAUUUGAAGGACGUGGCGGAGAACAGUUGGCAGCUGAACUUAGUCGUUUUCUUUAUUUAGCCCAUAGCCCAGUGUAUAACUUGAGUAAAUUAUGUAUUGUUCCUGGACAGUCUUGCUGGAAAUUAUUUGUUGACGUUUUAAUUUUAGAAUGUGGUGGUAAGGUUUAUAAUAAUUACUAUAAUUAUAAUGCAAGCGAUAAACAAACACUUAAUGUUAAAAGCCAUUAUUUUAUUAAUUGGCAUGGAGUCAGUUAAUACGGUUUUAAAUUGUAUUAAAUUGUUAAAUACUGAAUAAUUGAUAUUUAGAAAUUAUAUGGAGAAUUAAUUAACAUCAGUGUUGGUAAAAUAAACUGUCACAUAAGUGACCUACCAUGAAGAUUAAUAUUUAAUUUGUAACCUUUUAAAUUUUGAUUUUUAACGUUCAGGGGACCGAACAGUUGAUAUUUAUAUCAUACUUUAGAAAAAUUUGGGCCCAAUCGUGCAAUGCACCUCAGAGCUUAUUGACACUUGAAGCUAUUUUCUAAUUACUUAUUGAAUGUAGGAUAGCGUGGUUGGUAUUGUACAGAUUCAUUCUGGUGAGUUUCUGUUUAGUUUUAAAGUCAACAAUUUUAGUAUUUCAGCUUCUAUUCAUCUAUAUUUAAUAUUAUUUAUGCCAUAAGCUGAGGUUUUUCAGCACCUAUAAAUAUGUUUAAAAAAAUUGCGCACUAUAUUAUGCGCAUGGUGUGAGCUGAUUUUGCAUGCCAACUUAAAAAUGGUUAAAUAAUAAAGUAUACUCUAUAUGCUUAUAUUAUAAUUGACAUUGGUUUUUCAAAUGUUAAAUGUAAAGUUUAAAUAAUAAAUUAGUACUGUAGGAGUAUUAACACAUUCACUGUCUUCAGAUAUAAAUUGGUGUCAUUGGGAUCUUUUAGCGAUGUGUUCAAUGCCAAUUGAUUUCCAAUGUAAAUUUGAAGUCUGGUUUAUUGUUUUAUGACUUAAAACUGUUUAAUUAUAAGUUAGUUCAGUUAAAUAUGUAUUUUGAAAUAUGCAUUCAUAUUUUAUUUGAAAGUAUUAAGUACUAUACUGUUUUUCUUUUAAACUAAUCAAAAUAGACAAAAGAUCUGGUUUUUUUAAAAUUACAGCGCAAUAAUUUUAUUAUAUAAAAUUGUUAAGAUUAUAUUUUUCUACCAGAACUCUUUGUCCAAAUUUCAAUUAUAGUAUAUUUUAUGAAAGAAACUUUUGUUUAGUCUGUGAGAACGAAAAAAGUUGUUUGAUUUUUCAUGUAGGUUUUCUAAUAAUUACAAAAACCCAGGAAAUUCAUCAAAGUGUACAGAAUUUGGGUUUUUUGGUUAAAAAUGUUCAAAUAUUUUUGUUAUUUUUAGAUUUUUGUGGUUUUUUUUUAUGUAUUUUUAUAUGGUAGGUAUCUGUUAUUCAAAUUAUAAUAUUUCAAAAUAUGUCAUUUUACAUACAUAAAUUAAAUAACUUUUUAUGUAUCCCACCUUUACAACUUCCCUUCUAUUACAGUGACUACACCCGUUCCAAGUAUCGGCUUUUAUUUUUAACUUUAAUUUGGUUGUCAAGUUAGGUCAAUCAUCACUUAAAUAUGUAUAACUUUACAAGAUUUAAUUAAAAUUAUAAUCUGAUAGAUCACUGACAUUUUCAGAUACUUAUUGGCUGCCACUUGUAACAAGUAUGGUACCUUAUAGCAUUUUAAUGCUAUAUAAAAGAGUUCAAUAGUGUUUCUUUAUCCAGAGAUCUACAAUAUUUAUUUAUUAGUAUAGUUAAAUUCUGUCAAACUCAAUUUAUAAUCAAUAUUAAAAUCAAGUAGUUGAUGCUUAAAUAUAUAAAAUAUUUUAACUUUUUAGUGUAUAUAAAUAAAACUAUAAUAAUCUUCUUUUAAAGGAAAUCUAUUUGAUGCAGUUUCAUUGGCUGCUAAAGCUGCUCUGUGUAAUACAAGUCUGCCAAACAUUGUGGGGACUUAUGAAGAUGGUAAUAAUAUUGAUCUUCAAAUAUCUGACGAUCCGUUUGAUACAAAACCUUUGGACGCCAGGCACUUACCUGUAUUGGUGUCUUUAUGCAAGAUUGGUAACAAUUACGUUGUUGAUCCUACUAUCGAGGAAGAAAUAUGUGGUGCUGGAUGUAUAGUUGUAUCAGUCACGCCUAAAGGAAAUGUGACAGCUGUACUAAAAAAAGGAGCUGGUAGUUUUAUGCCAGAUACGUUAAAUGAGAUUAUCUUGGUGAGUGCAGAACAUUUUUUUAAAUUUGUGUACUAUACAUAGUUAUUAUUAUAAUCAAAAUAUAUUUUUAUUUUCAGUCUGGUUCGCAUACUGGUAUUGUAUUAAAUAAAGCCCUCGAAGAAACACUUAUUCAAGACAUAUCUAGUAACGUGUCUAAACAGCAGUAUGGUUUCUUAAAGUAAUGAAUCAAGUUAAAAGUAAAAUAUAUUUUUAAUGUAUAAGUAUUACAAAUAUUUCAUGAGCAUGCGAUGUACCAUUUUAAAGUGAUAGAAUAUAAAAUUAUUUUUACUUAAAAAUAGAUCUUUGUGAGACAGACAUUUUAUAAAAUAUAAUGUUUAAUUAAACAUAUUUUAUAUGUAUGUAUUGUAAUACUGAUUGAAAAAAAAAACGAUUAAAGAACAAUUGUAAAUUUUUCUGGCAAGUGAUAAAAAACUGCCAUACAAUUAUAAUUUAAAUUUUUUUUUAAAAAAAACAAUGAGAUUUGUAAGUUAAUUACUUAUGCAAUAAUUAUGAUGAAUAGGGCAGGCAAAAGUUGAAUAUUUUCAUUGAAAAUAUUGUUGAGCACUUAAAAUAAUUGAAAGAAAAAAAAGAUUGAUAAAGCAAAUCAUCAAAUUAAGAAAACCAAGCUACAGUGUUACUGGUAUAAUGGACCACUAUUCCCAAAUUUCCUCUGCUUUCUCUUCUUUAGCAGUGACAAAUAAUUUUUGUAUAGUCCAGGUAAUAUGUUCUGGUGAAAAAAAAAUAAAAGCAAAAUUAAAUAAUUUGGAACUGUAUACCAGUUUGCUAGCCUUACUUAAUAUGUUUUGGAACCAUACAGGUUUGGUAUUCCAAACGACACACGAAUAGUAAACUGGAAUGCCCAAUAAGGUGAUGCCAACGCCCAUGCCUACUUCAUGAGGUCGUACAUAACACGGUAAUACAAUCAAAAACAAUGAUACUAUGACAUACGUGAUAGGGAUCCACAGGGAUACCU